AUGCUUGGAUUGUAUCACGUUGUUGGAGGUUCGCCGUCCGCGGAAUCACAACAACCCAAGCAUUCGUCGGAAACGGCAGCAUCGGCAGGAGCGGCGGCGGCGCGGACGGGUUCGGCCAGAGCGCCGUCACCGACAGCAGCAUCGGCGGGAGCGGAGGUGGUGCGGACGGCUUCGGCCAGAGCGCCGUCCCCGACAGCAGCAUCGGCGGUGGCGGCAUCGGUGACGGGGAGAACUGCAGCAGCAGCAGCGGCGGCGUCCCCGGUCGCCGCGUUGGCGUUGGGUGUCCAGACGGCCGCAGAGGCGGCGGUGUCGACAUCGGUGACGGGGGUAACGGCAGCGGCGGCAGCAGCAGCGGAGUCCCCGGUCGCCGCGUUGGCGUCGGGUAUCCAGACGGCCGCAGCGGCGGCGGUAGCGACAUCGGUGCUGGGGGAAACGGCAACUGCGACAGCAGCGGUGGCGUCGCCGGUCGCCCCGUUGGUCUCGGGUGUCCAGACGGCAGGGGCGGCGGCGGUACCGGUGACGGAGGUAUGUGACGAAGAGUUGGAGGAAGCGGUUGGUGCAAUAACCAUGCCAUUGCCAGUCCUGGAGGACCCCGAUAGCCGAUGUGCUGGGGGGAACGUGAUCAACAGCAACAGCAACAGCAGCAGUAGCAGCAGUUGCAGCAGCGAGGACAGCGGCGGCGAUGGGAGCGGGGACGAGGGUUGGAUGAAACCUGGAGUGGAGCCCCGACGCACCCUUUCGACCCCAGUAAGACAUCUUCGCGUGGCGCGAGGAGACGGGGGGCGGUACCAGGGGUUGCGUACCCCUUCGAUAGGGGCAGGAACGGGAGUGGCAGCUCCGGCGGCGGCAACGGCGGCAGCCGCAGCAGCGACGAGAGUGGCGGCUUCGGCCAGAGCUCCGGCGGCGACACCGGCGGCAGCAGGAGCAGCGACGGGAGUGGUGGCUUCGGCCAGAGCUCCGACGGCAGCCGCAGACGGCAGCGGCGGCUUCGGCCAGAACCUCGUCAGCGGCAGCGGCGACAACGGCGGCGGUGGUAGAGGCGGCAGCAGCGACGUCACCGGCAGCCGUGUUGGCGCUGGAAGUCAUGACGGUCGUGGCGGCGGGGGAACGGCAACGGCGGCGAUGGUAGCGGAGGCAUCAGCGGUGGCGCCCUCGAGUCGACCGGGAACGGGGAGGACACGGUGACAGCGACGACCUCACCUUGUUACAGCCAAGUGGGAGAACAUGUGAAACGUUUACGACUUUGUUCGGUUUUGUGAGCAGGUAUGUAAGUUUUAGCUUCGCCAUUUGGCUUUGCGUAUACUUUUUUGUUCUGUUUUUCCCUUGCUAGCGCACCGUGCACUUUGAUGCAGAAAAAACGUAUAUGCCACGGCGUGUGCGUAAUUUUUUAUUUUUUGAACUUGGUUUCAUGAUAAUAAUUCUCGGGGUGGAUUUUGGGAGCUGACAGCAGGGGGGCUGUUUGCGUGGAUGCUUGCUUACGUUUUCUAUCGUUUCUUGGACAUUCAGCGACGGUACCGAUUAGCGGGUGCGCGCUGUUUAGGAUUUGGCCCUUAGACACUGUAUUGGAGGAAGAAUUUGACAUGUUUUGACGAUUAAUGGUUGGGGCCGUUGUCCUUCCGAAUCUCGUUUUGAUAGGUCAAGAAGUUGAGUUUUUGUUUUGUUUGAGGAUUUGGUGCCAACUCUUGCAAAGUUGUUUUUUCCAGAAAUAUCCGUUUUCGUUCCGACGCCUUUCUGAUGUAGCGCAAAUAAUUUUUGGGUACCUUUCUGAGGAUGAUUCUUUUGUGUCAACGGUUUGAGAAUAUUUUCAGAGACGAACGCGUUGGAUUCGUGAAUAAACUGAUGGAUGGAGAACCUUUGUGUUAAAUGUGAAGCCAGUUUUGUUGAGUAAGUUUUCUGAAGGGGUGUUUUUUUUGUGUUGGCUGAUUGCGCAUGAAGGGUUCCAAGAUCGUACAUCGUAUCAAGUAGGGGGGCUGUGUGUGGUACUUGGAUAUGAGUCCGAUCUGUGUGGCUCAGGGCCCAUAGGUAGGACUAGGCGGGGACGUAUUAUAUAGAUUUUCACGCGAACGCGAAAAAAAUUGGAGAGGAGUUUUCCCGGUCGGACUGUUUUUUGGCUGUUUUUUUCCACUCCCCCCGAUCCACUGUUUUGGGUAUGUAUAUGUCCUUGAAAUGUGAGCCGAUUUUGAAACGGUUUCUUGCACUGCAUUCCCAGGCACGUCUAGCAUACCGUCCAUCAUAAUAUUAUUAUUGUUGAAGGACGGCAGAUGGUGCCGGAAAAGAAACACACACCACUUCCACCACGCACGAGCGUGCCUGGUGGAAGGCAGUAGCAGCAGCAGCAGUAGUAGGCUGAUGGACUGACGUGGAAUUGGUUUGCACUGGAGCCUCCAGUCGCAUCGGCAACGAGCGGUGUCAUGAACCAAGAUUUGGCACCACCAUCACCCGUACCAGGACCUGCGCCACGAUGCCCAACGGAAGUACGGUAUUCAUGUCCCCUCUGCAUCAGCGAAGGAUCAACGAACCUGACGGCGAGGAAUCUGGCUACACACCAAAAACGUCAGCAUAAAGGUCGAGGAAAAGAGCUACUACUCAGUUUGUCUCCUCCUGGAUCCUUGCGCUCGAGCAGCCAGGCACCUGGUUACGCCGCAUGUGGCACAUGCGGCGACCUUUUCUCUCCACGCACCAAGCAUUGUUGCGAACCAGGCGGCAACUCCUAUUACCGUGGGACCUCGACGACGUCAGCAGUGCCCUGGAUCAGGUUCGACAAGAUACUCUUGAAACGUCAAUUUUUUCGACAGUCAAACACAUCGAUCCGCAACUGGCGAAAGUAUUUUGCAAACACUUCCAACAUGUCGUCAUCCUCUUCGUGCAAGCAUUUGGAGCUGUACACAUAGAUCAGCAGAAGUCAGAUACCUCAGAUCUGUCUCCUCUUGCAGCGGAAAGAUAUGAAGUAGCACGUGUUGAAAGACAACUCCAACUUGUCCGAGCAACAAAGUUGCUUCAUCUUACCCCAGCAUUGCAUGGAUCGACUGAUGGAAGGAUGAACAGGGUAUCCCGAUUUAACCGCUUUGCAAAUGGUGAUCUGAGUGAACCUAUCGCCUGGCUCAUGAUGUACGAGAACAAUCGUCGACUUCAGUAUUACGCGGAUACUGAACACAAUUGCGAAGGAAGAGCCACAAGACUUGCGCAUGAAAGAGGAGGCAUCACGAAAGCUGCCAGUGCCUUAAUCUCCCCAGCACCUUCACCGCGCAACAACGACACGCUGGAGCAUCUUCGCAACCUACACCCUAACGAAGAUCCUGACGAUAUUGCUACUGCGUGGGAUUCCAGCAUCAAAGCUGCGGGAGAUAGUAUAAAAACGCACAGGAUAGACUCCGUCGCCGAAACUGAUGAACCAUUCGAAAUCAAGUUCAUCAAGCAGACGGUAAAGAAAGCCAACCCUCAGAGUGCUCCGGGGCCUGAUGGUCUUCGUUUUUCGUAUCUCCAAGCUGGUGGGAUGAGUGAUUGUUUUACUGAAACCUUGGUGGACUUCAGCUUUAAAGUCUUCUACCACGGAGACGAGCUUCCGGAUUUCUUUUGGAACCUCCACACCAGUGCCAACCUU